UCUGGAAGCAAAUCCAAACACUCCAAUAAUCGUUUUGAUCAAAGUGAAAAUGCAUAACGGAACCGACAUAAGUUCUAGAAAUAUGUUAAGAUUAAGGUGGCUGGGUCUGUUAUUAAUUCAAAUGGCUCUCUUCUUUUCAGCGAUUGACUCCUCUUCUCAAGCAGCUAGCUCACUUCCGGUCACCUAGAGACCAGUGCGGCUUUUUAGAACCAAAUUCUCAUCUUUUCUUCCGUUUCGUUUUCUUUUAAUAAAAAGGGGAAUUGCAAAAUCAGAUGGAAGGUUGUGCAUGCAGUUGUGGUGGGUCUUCUUCACCGGGAAAAUAGAGAAGAGAGAUUGAUUGAUGGAGAAAACAGAAGAGAAGAUAAUGAAAACUUUAUCUGGGAGUUUACUUUCAAUCCCCAAAGAAAAUGAGGAUCCAUGUAUUCUAUUAACACCAAAAAAUUCGGUUUCACCAAGAAGCAGUCUAGUUAAAGUGGAAGGGAUGGGAAAUUGGAAGGAACUAGUUGGGAUCUAUGAGGAGUUUCUACUGGAAACAAAAAGCAAUGAUGACGGUGUUCUACAAAAUCCUGUUUCUAGUGAUUGUUGUUCUCUAAAAAAUGUGAUGGAAAGGAGGAUUAAUAAUACUCCAGCCAUUUGUUCUACCAAUGCAACACCAGAAAAGAGCAUCCCUACGAGGGGCAAGCAUGACAUUCCCGGAUCUUACGCCUGUGGGGACUCCUUAUUAUCUCCGGCUCUUCCAAGAGAAAAUACCGGGUUGUGUUCAGAUGGUUUUUACUCUCCAUAUCCCGAAAACUGUGACUUGAAUUCAUGUGCAUCAAAGACCAUUGCACCCUCAAGCACAGCGAUUUUGUUCCAAUUCGCUCCUAUCACUCCGGAUAAGGCAGAUCAGUUGGAAAGUUUCCAUCACUCUGAAAUAGAUAUCUUUUCAGCAGAUAAAACCUCAUCUUCAUUCCAUACAGAUAACCAAUCUGCAGUGAUAUCACCAUUGCUGAAAGAAACUGAAAUUGAUCUGAACACGACCCCUGAACAGAAAAAUCCUACCAGACGGCGCAAACACAGGCCAAAGGUGGUGACGGAAGCAAAACCCAAACGAACUCCAAAGUCUUCUUCUACUCCCAAACAGACCCGAAGGUCUUCUUCUACUCCCAAGAAGGCCCCAAAGUCUUCUUCUAGUCCCAAAAACAAUACUCUCAAGGAGAACACUUCAUCAGGUAAAAGGAAAUACACGCGCAAAAAGACCCCUUCUUCUGAGUUCACGACUUCAAAUGCAGACCAAGUAGUAAAGUCAUGCAAGAGAGUUCUGAACUUUGACUUACAAAAUGUAGCAAUUAAUGAACAAAAGGGAUCCGGGCGGGCCGUGCGACAGGCACAUGAACAGUAUAACAAAAACAGUAUCCAAACAAAUACAAGUGAAGGAAACAAUGUUCAAAUGAUGACAGACAUGGACAAAACAAUGGUAAAUCGAGGAUUAAAGAGAGACCUUCACACCUUUAAGAUGUCUCACGCGGAAGGUACUAACCUUGAAGGUGACAUAUUGGAGAUAUGUUCAGCAACUCACAAGAAAAAGAAGUUUGAGGAACCGGCCUGUCCAAAUGCAGGAGUAGAGGCUGAAAACGCAUCCCAUAAACUUACCAAAACUGAUUGCCAGAAAGCUCAAGAUGCAGACAUAAACUACUGGAAUACUAAUUCUGCAACACUGUCCGAUUUUGAGCAUGAACAAGGAAAAGAACAAAGAACUUCACGCACUAAAGCUUCUGUAAAAAGAAGGAAAGUCAGAUGGACCCAAUCAAAUAUUCAAGAAUCCAGGUUGAGUAGGAAACGGAUUCCAAAAGAGAAGAAUAAUGUACAAGGUGCACAGAGAGGGCAGGACAAUACAGUAUCCAUUGAUAUUCUCGCAUUCCGAUUAAAAUGCCUAGUUAUCAGUGACAAGAGGAAUAGCAACUUGGAUAUAGGAAAGCAACAAGGUGCACUUGUCCCAUAUAUAGGAGAUGGUGCACUUGUGCCAUUUGAAGCAUUUGAUCUUUCCAAAAGCCGAAAACCACGACCAAAGGUGGACCUUGAUCCAGAGACUUGUAGACUUUGGGACCUCUUGAUGGGAGGUAAAGAAGGAAGUGAAAGUGAAGAAACUGUUGAUAAGGACAAGGAGAAAUGGUGGGAAGAAGAACAGGAAGUGUUCCGAGGACGGGCUGACUCACUUAUUGCAAGAAUGCAUCUUGUUCAAGGAGACCGACGAUUCUCACGUUGGAAGGGGUCUGUAGUAGACUCAGUAAUAGGAGUGUUCCUCACACAAAAUGUGUCAGACCAUCUUUCAAGCUCUGCUUUCAUGUCUCUUGCUGCCAAGUUUCCCCAGCAGUCGGUGAUUAACAAGAGAGAAUAUGAACAAAAUGGAGUAAUUGCUGAGAUUAAGGAAACAGAAGUUCAAGUAAUAGAUCCAGAUGGCACUAUUACUUAUCAGAAGAGCACACUAAAGCAAUUGUCAAACGAGAAGAAUAAAAGAAUGGAGGAUGAAUUCAAUUUAUUGCAGAACUAUUCCCUCUCUUCCUUUCUUCAAGAAAUCAAAUCAAGCUCAGGUUCCAAGUCAUAUACUGAAGAUCAAUUAUUAAGUGGCAAUCAGCAAUUACAAAAUCAAGUUAGUAGCCAAGAAAGUUUUACAAUGGGAACUUGCAUAGAAAGUUCAUUUGUCACUUCAAGGAGUUCUUGGUUAGUAACAAAACAAUUCUUGGAAACAAAAGAAACAACCUCUGAUUAUGCAAAAACUGCACAAAACUGUUCGGGUCUGGAAUGUACAGUACCAGGUAUACCCCAGGAUGCAUUUCUGAAAAGGAAAGCAGAUCACCUAGAGAAUCUACAGCCACAUUAUCCGACAGGAAGCAUUUACCAUUUCCCCCCUAGUGGUCAACUGGACUACUCUUCGAAUGGUUCCUCAGUCACUGUCAAAGCCAUUUCUGAACAACAAUCAGAGGGGAAAAUACGCCCUGACAAACAGACUACCAAGAAGGCCAAUAAUGUAUCAAAUACAAUGAAGAAAAAGAGUGAAGGAGAAACGAAGAUGUUUGACUGGGAUAGCUUGAGGAGGGAUGUGAAAUAUAAGAGCGAAAGAAUAGAAAGAAACAAGUACACAAUGGACUCGUUGGAUUAUGAAGCGCUCAGACGAGCAGAGGUCAACGAGAUAGCUGAUGUUAUCAAGGAAAGAGGAAUGAACAACAGACUUGCAGAUCGAAUCAAGGACUUCCUCAACCGGCUGGUAAGAGAUCAUGGAAGUACUGACCUAGAAUGGUUAAGGCAUAUAGAACCAGACAAGGCAAAGGAAUACCUAUUAAGUAUAAGGGGACUAGGUCUCAAAAGUGUGGAGUGUGUGCGACUAUUGACUCUACAUCAUCUUGCAUUCCCAGUUGAUACAAACGUUGGACGCAUUGCUGUGCGGUUGGGUUGGGUGCCUCUCAAACCUCUUCCUGAGUCACUCCAACUGCAUCUCCUUGAGCUGUAUCCAGUAUUGGAGUCAAUUCAAAAGUAUCUAUGGCCUAGACUUUGCAAGCUGGAUCAGAAAACAUUGUAUGAGUUGCAUUACCAGAUGAUUACAUUCGGAAAGGUUUUCUGCACAAAGCGUAAACCCAACUGUAAUGCGUGCCCAAUGAGAGCAGAAUGUAGACACUUUGCUAGUGCUUUUGCAAGUGCAAGGCUUGCCUUACCAGGGCCAAAAGAAACAAGUAUGAUGAGUUCAACUGCACCUAUCUCAGCUAAUGCAAACCACUCAGCAUUAUUCAACCCCAAUCCGUCACUUCUUUGUGGAAGGCCAGAGGUUAUAACAAACUUAAAUAGAGAAGCUGCAGUGGGGUCCAUUACUGACAACUGUGAACCCAUUAUCGAAGAACCAGCAACUCCAGAACCAUUUCCAGAAAUUUCUGAAUGUGACAUUGAAGAUGCUGCGUUUUAUAAUGAUGGUGAUGAUGAGAUCCCCACAAUCAAACUCAACAUCGAAGAAUUCACAACAAAUCUGCAGAAUAUCUUGCAAGAAAAGAAGGGAAUGGAGGAAUCUGAUAUUUCCAAAGCUUUAGUUUCUGUUAAUCCAGAAGUGGCUUUCAUACCUACUCCAAAACUGAAAAAUGUUAGCCGCCUGCGAACAGAACAUCAAGUGUAUGAACUUCCAGAUUCACAUCCACUGCUUGAAAGGAUGGAUAGGCGUGAACCUGAUGAUCCAAGCCCAUACCUUCUAGCUAUAUGGGCACCAGGUGAAACUGCAAAUUCAAUUCAGUCUCCUCAAACGGUAUGUGAUUCGCAAGGAUCAGGCACACUGUGCAAAGAAAGCACAUGCUACUCAUGCAACAUUGUUAAAGAGAAUGAUUCACAAACAGUCAGAGGCACACUCUUGAUACCAUGCCGAACAGCAAUGAAGGGCAGCUUUCCGUUGAACGGAACAUAUUUUCAAGUCAAUGAGUUAUUUGCUGAUCAUGAAUCUAGUCUUAGUCCUAUUGAUGUUCCAAGACGAUUAAUAUGGUACCUCCCAAGAAGGACGGUGUAUUUUGGGACCACAGUCACAACGAUAUUUAAAGGCCUGUCCACAGAUCAAAUUCAACAUUGCUUUUGGAGAGGAUUUGUAUGUGUGAGGGGGUUUGAUCGAAAAACUCGAGCAUCUCGUCCUCUUAUCGCCAGACUGCACUUCACGGCAAGUAGGAUGGUCAAGUAUAAUAAAGAUAAAAGUGUGAAUAAAAGGAAUAAAGGUUCUAAUCCAGAUAAAUAAUGCCCGAGUAGAAGUCUGCACCUUGACAAGUAGAAGAACACAGACUGCUAAGUAAAUAGGAUAUGUACAAAUUGUGUACUCAUAUAUGGCUGUUUGAACUUUGAAGUGAAAUGCAAACUUCCAUGUACUAAUAAGAAGCAGUUUAAGAAGCAGUUUGUAUUUCAUUCAUACUACUAAAGUGAAGCCUUUUUCAGGAUUACUGAUGCUCUAACACCAGCAGUUUAUAUGAUGUACAUUUGAUAUGUGUUC